UCCCAUUUGCCCUCUCUGUACGUCUUUAGAACAUUAUAUUUCCAGUUUUUUAUUACAAUAAUGCGUUCACUUGCAUUCGCAUUUCUGGUAAGAGGGGUGGUUUUGAAGAGCCAAUAUUUCUGGAUUUGCUGAGGCCCCCGGUAUUCCAAGCAGAGAGCAAAGAUAAGCAGAAGUGGAGUAGAUAGACAUAUAAUUCGUCUUCAUUUUUGCCUUUCCCCUGAAAUAUCGCUCUUUUCUUUCCCCUUUUUUUUUUUAAAAAAAAAUUCGGCUACCAACAACAAAUUAAAAUUCAUUACCUUUUCUAAAGGCCUUAGCUAACUCACAAUCCGUUAAACGCGACGAUUGUUGUUUCCGUGUUGCUUUCUGUACAUUCUGAUACCGUUUUUGGAUCCUCCCGUCCCACGUAUACCCCUAUUUGUCUGCCCGAGAUUGACGAUAAUCUCGUUCGCAUUAUUUUCGAGGAUUGUUAAUAUUCGCAAAUCCCUUGUCUGCGUCGAGUCACUGUCAAAAAUCAAGCUACGAGCUACAAUCUGACUCUGAUUUCUGGGCAGUAUCAAUAUUUGCUUGAACUUCUUCUUUGCUAUUGAGAUGCCACGUCCUUAUCGCGUGAGAAUCCCCUGUUUUAUCUGCCGUUGAUUGCUUGCUGGAAAAAUCCAUUUUUUUUAUUUUAAAUCCGGCCUUCUUUCCUGAAAAUGAAGCCCGGGUCCUUGGAUUACUGGAGGAGUUACUUUCGGACGGCGAACUCGGAUAUAUUUGAUAUUAUCGACCAUGCGAUCAUGGUGGCCGCUUCUGAUUGUCCGAAGGAGUUUCGGUUGCGAAGAGAUGGAAUCGCGGAACGGCUGUUUUCUUGUCUGAUGACUCGUUGUUUGGGAUGUGAGCGACUGGAAUGGGCGGUGUCCGGUGUUGACGAGGAGUACGACGGAGGUUGCAAGAGUGGUUUUAAUGGAGAUGGAGUUGAAGUGGAAGCGGGUGCAAGCAAAGAGAGCAAGGCCCAUAGUAGCAGAGACGACCACGGGGAGAUGAACAUGAACCACUUUAACAAUUAUAGCUAUGGAGAAGCUGAAGCAUUGACGGAUGAUAUUGAAGAGGAGUCUCAAUUAGUUCGAGAAAUUUUGAGGAUCAAGGAAAUUCUUCGUAACAGCGAAGGAGAGUCUGAGUCGGAAUUAUUUGAGUCGUUGAGGAGGCUCCAGCUGAUGGAACUGACUGUGGAUCUUCUUAAGGCGACCGAGAUUGGAAAGGCUGUCAAUCCUUUCCGAAAGCAUGGAUCAAAGGACAUUCGUCAACUUGCGCGGACUCUUAUUGAUGGCUGGAAAGAAAUGGUAGAUGAGUGGGUCAAUGCCACCACAACCAAUACUGGUUCUGAAGGUACCCCAGAUUCAGUAAAUCCAUCGGUUGUUGAUGAAGAAGAAGAAGAAGAAGAAGAAGGGCUUCCAUCACCUCCGAUGGAUGAAGGGGCUUUCUUUGCAGCUCAAACUGCCUCAAUGGAGCUGUCACAGUUCUUCGACGGGAUGGAUGAUGAUGGAAAUCCUCGACAGGGUGGGGAAUUCAUCAAGAACCGGGAACAUGGCAGAAGACCAGCUCUGGACAAUCAAAACAUAGUAAGAAGGAAACAACAGACUUCCGAUGGGGUGGACACUGUAGUUAAGGUCAUCAAAAGUCAGCAAAUCAAGGGAAAUGAGGCUUCUGUGAAGCUAAAUAAAUCAGCAACUGUUGGUUCUGGUCCUGGUAGACCAUUAAAAUCAAGCAUGCAACGAAGAGAGAAUAUGGAGCCAAGGAUGUUGCAAAAGAUGGACAGGAGUGGUGUCCCCAAGAGGCCUCCUCUUGCUGGCCAGCAAGAUUCGAAGUGCUCAUAUGAUGCUUCAGUCCAAAUGAAGCUAGAAGCCACUAAGAGGAAACUCCAGGAGAGUUAUCAACAAGCUGAAAAUGCCAAGAAGCAGCGAACAAUCCAGGUUAUGGAGUUGCAUGAUCUCCCCAAGCAAGGGGGGAUAAACCACCGGAAUACACCUUUCAAACCUAUGAAGAAUCAUAACAGGAACUGGGCUCAGGGACGAAGGUAGAGCUGCUUUUUGUUCAAUUCCUUUCUACCCUCGCUCUUGAAGUUGAUGGGGGAAGAGCAAUAACUGGCCAGGCCAUCCUAUGGCCCGAAGCUUGAUCUGCCUGACAAUUGAAGGAACACAUUCUCAUUUCUUACUUGGUUCGAGCUGUUUUGAUUGAGAGGGAAGGAAACUCUGAAACAUUUUGUUUCUUUCCUUAGUUAAAGACCCGUAUAUAUAAAUCAAUUUUUCAUCCAAUAUGGAAGUGUCCUAGGCAACUUUGGCACUCGACUGAGGUGGUUUAAAAUCACUGUCUAUAAUAGAAAUCCCAUUAUUUCCA